GAGGCGAACUUCUUCUUUUCCUCAUAAAAAGUUGUUAUUUUCUCAGCAAGCUAGCUAGCUACCUCUAGGCUCUAGCAAAGACUCAGUUUGUGGUGGGUUCGAUUUUCUCUCAAGCUUUAAUUUGUUGUAUAGCAAAAGACUCGUUUGUUGCUCAUCCAUCUAAGAUAAAAAGAUCACAUGAAGCGAAAGCUAGUGAUGGAAGUGCAGAUGAAAUGCCCCAAAUGCAGGACUAAGGCACUCAAGAUAGCCGCACAAGCAGAUGGUGUAGAUUUCGUCGGGUUAGAAGGUGACGAGAAGAAUAAAGUGGUGGUGAUUGGAGUCGGAGUUGACGCCACCGUUUUGGCCAAGAAAUUGAGGAAAAAGGUUGGGCAUACCAACAUUAUCAGUCUUGCAGAUGUCAAGCCAAAUAAUUAAUUUAUAUAUAUAUAUAUAUAUAUAUAUAUAACAAUAUAAAUUUAAUUACCCCUCAAGACAUAAAAAUGAAGCUUUUGUAACAUAUGUAGAAUUCUGGUUUGAUGAUAUGAUAACGAAGAUUUUGUUCUAU